CGUUUACAAUGCCUUCUGUUCAGUCAGAUGGCAAUUCUCUAAUACUUUUCUUUGAAAUUUGUCUCUGAUCUCUUUCCCCAGAAUUGCCUCUAAUCCAUUUCCAAAGGAUAGAGUGAAAUUCAAAAUUUUCUAGCAAACCCCAGCUAAAAUCUCCUCAAAACAUCUCACUUACAUGGAUCUUAUCCAGCUCCGAAAGUUUCAUGCAAUUAAGAGGUCCAAGAUGCAUCAAAUCCCUGACAGUUUUCUCCUGUACAUGAUGCUGUUAACUUGUAGUCUCUUCUGUUCUACUCCCUUUUGGUUCCCCUACCUAUUUUCUUGCACUAAGCUCUCUCUCGUUGUCUCUCUUCCAAAAUUCAGUUCUGUUUUCCUCAGUCCCAAGUUUAUUUUCAUAAUUGGCAACCUCAUCAUCAUUCUCCUCAUUGGAGAAUCCAAAUUCUUUGCUUCAAACUCUCUUCCGGCAGCUAGCGAUGUAUACUAUAACGAGUAUAUUAACCGAAAAAGAGGCCUCCAGGCUUCUUCCACCCUUCUGGAGAAGAAAGAGAGAGAAGGGGAGAUAUUGUUUAAGGAAAACGCUAGCAAAACUUGUGAAGGAGGAAAAAUUGAAGUGAAAGUCUGGGAUGAGGGAAAAUUAGAAGUGGAGAAUGAAAGAGGGGAUUUAGAUGGAGAAGAUGAGCCUAGUUUGCCUGCUGAGGAGUUGAACAAAAGGGCUGAUGAUUUCAUUGCCAGGGUUAACAGACAAAGGAGGCUGGAAGCUAGACUACUACUUGAUUAAGAGUACAUAUAACGAAGUCAAUGCCAUAAAUGUAGGGGGCCGAAAAAGAGUUACAACACAGGUGGAAGAGAAGAAUAACUAGGCAUAAUCGGUGGUUCGGUUUUAGAUUUUAACAUUCUGGGACUCUCUUCUGGUUUUCAUUUUACUGAGCAUUGAAGCAAUAGCUGGUCAUAUAUAAGACCUUUAGAUCGAGAUAGAAUCCUAGCUUGAUUUAUGUAGUUAUCCUAGUACAAACAACCAUGGAAGCAUAUGAAGCAUGGUUUCACUCUUUCAGAUGACAUAGAUAAAUAUUGUGUCCUCUGAGCAUUGUAUAAGCUUCAUCUAAUUUUGAAAAGAAUCCUAAUAGGUCAUCCA